UUGUGUUUUUCUUUUUCACAUGUUCACACGUAUUUCGGAUACCUUCGGUCGCCACAACAACAACAACAAAAGCGAAUAAGAAAUGAAUUUUGAGAGUGCCUCUGAAAUCGAAAGGAAACGAGAAGAAUUAAGGGCAGCAAGACAAAUUUAUUUGGAAAAGGCUAAAGAGCAGUAUGAAAAAGAAGAAAGGAAGAAGGAGCUUGCAAGAGCUCGUGGCGAGGACACUUGGAUGUUGUCAUCAGUCAACCAGAGAUUAGAACAAGAACAAGAGAGCAUAAAAAGUUCAAAGAAGAAGAAAAAGGAAAAGAAAAAGAAAUCAAAGAAGAAAAAAUCUUCUUCUUCAGAAUUGGAAUCAGAUAAGGAACUAGACAGAAAGAAGAAGAAAAAGUAUAAAAAGAGAAAAAAUAGCAGUACAUCUUCUGAAUCGGGGCUGGCAUUUCAGGACAAUGUGUCCCAGUGGGUGGAGAAGUCCUCAUCAAAUGCCACAACAGCUACUGAUACUGCAGGAGCCAUCAAGGGCCCUAGACUUGAGCGUGACAGCUGGAUGUCAGCCCCAAUGGACAUCGUUCCCACGAUAACCAGAAAGGAGCUCAUUGAGAGGAAGAAUAAAGAGAAGGAAGAAUUUAACAGGCAGCGGGAACUACUUAACAAGCCCGGAACUCAUGCCAAAGAGUUGAACCCUUACUGGAAGGAUGGUGGCACCGGUGUUCCUGUGGAGGUCAAGGUCAUGUCAACAGUUGAGCAAGGUCAGGGAAAUGUGGGGGAUGCUGGAUUGUCAUGGUUACGCAAGUCAUAUGAUCGCUGCGUGCAACAGGCCAAGGAAGAAGGGCGAAGCUUAGAGGAACUUGCUGCUGAACGCUGGGGGAGUUUGGAGAAGAUUCAGACAAUGCUAAAAGAGGCUGAAGAAGUCAAGUAUGGCAGGUCAAGGUCACGAGAAGCUGGGUCAGAGAAGAGAGGCUUCAUGAAGCCAUCAGACUCUGGCAGAUAUGAUGAGCCAACUUAUUCACGCGGCAGGUUUCAGAGACCAAGAUCAGGAUCUAGGGACAGGAGUAGAAGAUCUAGUUCAAGUCACCGUCGAAGGUCACGGUCAGGAUCACAGGAUGGUAGUUCAAGGUCAAGGGGUCAUAGGUCAGGGUCAAAUGAAAGGUCAAGUUCUGACAGAUCUAGACCAAGAAGGUCUAGAAGCCAAGAGAGAAAUGAAAGAAGACGUAAAUCCCGUUCAAGUUCACGCAGCAAAGAUUCUAGAGAAAGGUCACUUGACAGAAAAGGCUCCAACAAUAAUGAAUCAGAUAGACUCAGAGACAGACAAAUGUCAUCAUUUUCGGGUUCUUUGAAGGGUCGAUUCAUGAAACCCAGCGAUACAAGUGGUUCUAAUGACAGAAACAGGCCAAGUUCAAGGUAUAAUGACUCGGGAAACGGUGGAGCACCUGCCUGGAAGAAGAAAGAGUUUCAUAAACCAGGGGAAGGGCAAGAGGAGCUAGAGAGAAUGCAGGUGAAGGCCAUGUCUAGGGAAGGAGAUCAUAAGAGAUCUGCUGCGGCUAGAUCUGACUCCACAUCUUCAUCCUCCUCAGAUUCAAAUAGCAGUGAGAGCAGCGAUGAUGAUAGGAAAGGUCAAGGGUCAAUAUCGUCUUUAAAACAACCAGAGGUCAGGAUUCUUUCUGAGAAAGAAAUGAAUGACCUGGGAGCAAAGAUUGUUAAAGCAGAGAUCAUGGGAAAUGAGGAACUAGCAGCAAAGCUAAAAGGUCAGCUAGAAGCAGCCAGAGAGUUCAAAAAGAAUGCUCCUCAAGGUCAAAGUUCAAAGGUCAGAGGUGAUGAUGAAGAGUUUGUGACCUUGACCCGGACUGACCGAUCAGGCAUGUCAAGGCCGCUGCCCGAAGGGCAAUUCCCAGCAGAGAGUGGAGGAGGGAAAAGAAGAAGAAAAAAACAAAAGGUUGACACUCACAGUGGCAAAGAAGGCGAGCGGACAAGAUACUUUGAUGAUGAUGACAAACACGAUCUCAAAACACUGGUGGAGAGGGAGAAGCUGGGGACUGCUGAAGACCAAAACCAGAUGUUUGCUCGCCUGGCUGGCAGGUCCCGUGAUAGGACAGAUGAUGAUUUCCAAGUGGACGAUGUGUUCCUGUCCAAGGCCAGUCAGAAGCAGUCAGAGUCCGUCAAUGAACAGCGGGACAGGGCUGCAGCCAUAUUUGAGCACAGAAAGAUGUCUUCUGCUCUGGAUAAGUGCAAUUUCUGUUUCAACAAUGUUGCCAAACAUUUGAUAAUUGCCAUUGGCUCAAAGGUGUACCUGAGUCUCCCCAACCAUCGCUCACUGACGGAGGGUCACUGUCUCCUGGUGCCCAUGCAGCAUGUGGCCUCUAGCACUGCCCUGGAUGAAGAUGUGUGGAGCGAGAUGCAGGUGUUCCGUAAGACUUUGACCAAGAUGUUUGAGGAGCGAGGGGAGGACGUCGUGUUCAUGGAGACGUGCAUGAGGCUGAAGCACUUCCCACAUAUGUGUCUGGAGUGUGUCCCAUUGGAGAAGGAGGUGGGAGAUAUGGCUCCAAUAUACUUCAAGAAAGCAAUUCAAGAAAGUGAGAGUGAGUGGUCCCAGAACAAGAAAGUAAUUGACAUGAGCAGGAAGGACAUCAGACAUUCCGUGCCCAGAGGAUUCCCUUACUUUGCUGUGGAUUUUGGUAAUGAGGGGGGCUUUGCCCACGUGAUAGAGGACGAGCAGAAGUUUCCACACUACUUUGGAAAGGAGAUAUUAGGGGGCAUGAUAGAUGCAGAUCAUCGCCUGUGGAAGAAGCCACCUAGAGAGAACUUUGACGAUCAACGCAGGAAAGUCAUGGCAUUUGCAGAAAUGUGGAAGCCGCACGACUGGACUCAAAACAUUUCUAAAAGCAUAAAUAAAGACAACAAAAGCAGCAGCAGCAGCAGCAGUAGUGGUGAUUCUGAUUAAUGAGUGUUAAUAUAAUUACAAUUUUUAAUGUUUGUUUAAAUUGUAUAUAUAUAUUCAUGAAAAUUCACGAAUGGCAGCAUAUACAUUAUAUGUUGAUUGUCCAUAAGCAAAAAUGAACUUGAAUUUGUGUAAUAAAUACAUUUAACAAA